GCAAGCAGACUUAACCCCACAUCAAUUCUUUACUUACCCGUUGCCCAUUUCUACGUAUCCCGACCAUCCUCAUAUUUAACUUCAUUCUUUUCCUUCUAAACCCUCCAAAUUAUACCUGCAACUUUCUCCAACAGAUUCCUUGAUCGUUUUUGGCACAACCACACCACCACCACCACCACCAACACCAACACCAACCAUGGUUUCUGUACAAUCCCUCCAUCGCUGAACACGAGAAACUUGAUCGGUUGCUGCUCGGCGCUAACUGCGUUAGGAUUCAUAGUGUGUUGAGAGAUGCAGAGUAUUACUCUUGAAGCUGUGGAACAUCCAUAUAUAAGUACAUGGAAGGUUCAUCGUUUGGCAUGCUUGGAACUUAAGAAUAUUAUCGAUAAAAUCACAGAUAUAUUUACAGCGAUCGAGUCUGCCCGACCACGAUGCUCGUCAGGAUUAGAAGUUUUGUGCUCGUUACACUGUUGCAUGGAAAAAUGCAUGCUGCUUCUUCGACAUUGUUCUGAGUCCAGCAAACUUUACUUGGCAAUCAGUGGAGAGAGAAUAAUUUUGCGGUGCGAAAGGAUACGCAAUUCUUUGGAAUCGUGUUUGAGCCUAUUUCAAGGCUUGGUCGAACCCAGACUGGCUACUCAGAUAUCUCGAAUUGUUGAUUAUAUCGAAACUGUAGCUUUUACGAUGGAUUCCUCCGAAGAUGAAGCAGGGAAAGUCUUACUGGCUUUACUCCAUAAGGACAUUGCACCAUCAAGAUUUACAAAUCUGGAAGAACUCAUGGCUUUCAAGUUUGCAGCUCUUAGGCUUCAGAUUACAUCCCCUUCAACCCUCGUUAUCGAGAAAAGAUCCAUAAGAAAGCUACUAAACAAGAUCCGUGAUACCGACCCUGGAAAAAAGAAAAUCUUGAACUAUUUCUUGUAUCUCACCAGAAAGUAUGGAAAAUCCAUCAAACCACAAGAAACAGGAAUCGCACAUCCUGAAGGAGAUGAUGUCUUUGAUUCACUUGAACCACCGACGAAAUUCAGAAACCGUCGUUUGAGUGAACUUUCCUCUUCUAGCUCGAUUCCCAGUUUAAGCAGUUCUUUAGGGGAUCUACAUCUGCAAGUAGAAAAUGCUUCAUUUCGAUCUUCAGAUACAAAUAGUUUGGAUUAUAGUAUGGUUGUCGCGAUUGAAAAUGGAUGUGAUAAGAUCCAAGAAAAACCCAAGCGAUUUGAUGGUUAUUCGGGGCCGGAUAAUGGCACGAGCUUGUCUAUUCUUGCAAAGCUUUCGGUGCUUCCAUGGGCAUCCAUGCGCCGGGCAGUCGAAGAUGUGAAAAACCAGUUGAAAGAGGAUCAAAGAUCUCAUGUUUUAAUAUCUACCAGUUACAUAAAACCGGUUUUUAAGUUUCUGAAAGAGGCUUAUCGGUUAGAGGACACCGGAGCAAAACGACAUGGAGCGGAGUUGCUUUUGAUUUUCUUGAAGGAAUGCAGAACCAACGUGCCACCGUUACCAGAAAACGCAAUAUACGAUUUGUCGUUAUUUCUCCGUUCAGAAAUCAUGGAAGAAGCGUUAUCGAUCUUAGAACUGCUCUCCUGCCAUCAACAAUACAAUUCUGAAAUAGUGGCAUAUGGGAUUCUACCCUUUUUACUAGAACUGAUCAAGAACCCUAAAAGCAGAUACCACGAUUUGACCUUAAGGGUACUUUGUAAUCUUUCGGCUCACAUCGAUCUCGGCCACCACCUCAUAUAUCUCGGCUUCAUUCAACAUUUGAUUCCCAUAUUGGAUGAAGUUUUGUUCUAUGGCUACUGUCUCAAGAUCUUCAAAAAUCUAUGCGCCAUUGACGAAGCCGCGACUCAUUUUGUUGAACACGAUAACUGUAUUGUUUCCAUCGGCGAGCUUCUUGAAGUAGGGAAGGAUGAAGAACAAGAGCACGCACUCGACAUUUUGCUCGAUUUAUGUUACCAACGUGAUGAGUUGCGGGAAAGGGCGAUUCAAGCAAGCAUCACUUCAUGUUUGGUUGAUAUUUCAAGACACGGGAGUUGUAAGGGUCGGUUGUUGGCGGCCGAGUUACUUCAUGUAUUAGGUAAUACCCCCGACGAUCGUUCUUUAUGUACCAUCUCAGAUACUUCUCAAAGCACAAACAGUAACCUUAAAGCAAACAAGCCGUGCUCCAAGAAGUCAGGAUUAUUUGGUAGGAUAAAAGCAAAGUUCAGGAAAUCCGUUCAAUAGAUUUCUCGUUUGUUGAAGACUAGACACAGUUAUAGGAACGUACAGUUUAUAUAUACUCUUCAAGUGAUUUGAAUUUGGACUUGAAACUCUAAUCGCUUUAUAGCUUUCCAUUUUUAACCCAUGGUCGGCCUUGCGUUUGCGGUAGCUUCAUGCGGCUGCUCUUUCCUUUUUUGGCAAGGUUC